GCACAGAGGAAGAGGAAGAGCCUCACUGACUAGUACAACUCCCAGGAGACAUGUCUGACUACGUUCUCCGACUCUAUAAGGACUCCGACUGCGAUGUGGCGAGGGACAUGUUUGCCCAGGGACUUGUAGAGCACGCCAACAUAGCUUUUCGCCAUGCAAUGUGCCAGCCACAAUUCUGGCUUCCGGUAUUGGUUGUGUUAACCCUUCCUGCGCUAAACCUUGUGUCAGUUACUAUGUCCGUCCUUCUGGUUACCACAGCCGUGGUGGCGUUAUGGUUCUGUUCCCGAAACAUGUACACGUCCUACAUAGAUUACGUCCUCUCUGACGACAUGUUGGACAUUAAUAAAUAUUACCUGCAGCGGGACGGUUACUGCUUCUGGGUGGCAGAGUCCACGGGGGGUGAGGUCAUAGGGACGGUGGCUGCUCUCCCUUCUUCUGACCCCGGAGGAGAAAAACAUCUGGAACUAAAACGACUCUCGGUGGCCAAACAUCACCGAGGCAAAGGGAUCGGCAAAGUGCUAUGCAGGACGCUCAUUGACUUUGCCCGGAAGAGAGGCUGCGAGGCCGUGGUCCUGAGCACCACGUUACCACAGAGGAACGCCACCAUAAUGUACGAGAAGCUCGGCUUCAGGCAGACGCACAGCUUUCACCCUCAAGGUGUCCUCGGUAGAUUCCUUGACUUCAGGUUCCUUGUCUAUCAAUAUGACAUCCCAGCAUAAUGGUGGUCCAGGAGUAGGAAGCCCCCGGUCUGUAUUCUCUGCCUCACAUUGGUCGGUUCCUCUGUCACCUCAGCCUGUAUCUCAUGAUUGAUA